AAAGACAAGCGAAGGGGUUGAUCACACACACGCACGUAGAGGGGCAUAUGAUCGUGUGCAGUCCACAACACUGGUUACAAAUGAUACACGGUAGAGAAAGCAUUAAGCAACGUGUCUGGGAAUUAGAAAUUACCUCAUUGUGGUCUGAUCUUUGUUCGUAACAAAAAUAUUGUAGUAAAAAACUUGACUUUACAGCUGUGAUUAUCGGUUCGUCAAUAUAUCAAAUGCAAGCUAACGUGUUCCGGUAAUAACAAUAAUCAUAAUAACCGUAGUGAAUUGAAAAUUUAAAUCGGUCCAAUUAUUGUUAAUUCCUUAAUUUGCACGUAAAAAAAAUAUAUACACAUAAGUAAAAUAGCAUGGCCGAAAAUGCCAGUGGAUCCUGCACGGAGUCGCCAAAGGCUUCCUCAGCGGCGAUGACACAAUGCUACGAGAAUUACAUACUGGUUGACGUUGGCGCUAAUCUAACAAAUAAAAAGUACAGUCGUGACUUAGACAGCGUUAUACAGCGGGCAAAGGAUUCCGGUGUCAAGAAGAUCAUGGUCACUGGAGCGAGCAUCAGGUCGAGCAAGGAGGCGCUGAGAUUGACGAGAAUAUACCCAGGCACCUUGUACUCAACGGCAGGAGUUCAUCCUCACGACGCCAAGUCCUGGGAGGAUGACGAGACGUUGCAAGAGCUCGAGAGUAUCGCUAGUAAUCCGGAGUGUGUCGCAAUCGGGGAAUGCGGCCUGGACUACAACCGCGACUUCUCCGACCCUGAAACGCAGCGCAACGUAUUUCACAAGCAAAUCGAACUUGCCUGCCAGCUCAACAAACCAUUGAUAAUUCAUGAACGAAGCGCCCAAAGCGAUGUACUGGAAGUUCUAAGCCAUUACUUGAACCGGUUACCCCCUGUUCUUGUUCACUGUUUCACUGGUACAGCGGAAGAGGCCCAGCUCUACCUGGACCAAGGAUUUUACCUCGGCAUCACCGGCUAUCUCUGUAAGGACAAAUCGGACAGCGGCGUCAGGCAGCUUUUGGAAGGAGGACAAGCUCCUCUGGACAGAAUCCUUGUUGAAACGGAUGCUCCUUUUAUGUACCCAAAUACAAGGGCCAGCAAACUACCAUCUCACGUUAAAGACGCCUUGACUGAGCGCUCCAUGACCUUCCUUCAUCGGUACUGCACAUUUCAACGUAACGAGCCAUGUGCCUUGCCUGCGAUAGUUGAAAUGGUUGCCGCAUUCAUGCGCAAGUCGCCGGAGGAAGUUGCCCUAGCCACUGCUUUCAAUGGUUUGAAAUUAUUCGGACUCAAUCAAUGAUGAUUUAUGUCCUGUUUUACUCGUUGCUCAGAUUUUCUUCAAAGGGCAGAAAAAUGGUGCUAGGAAUACGGUGCUCCGAAAUGUAUUUUUCCUUGUAUCAAUAGGCAGCUUUUAAUCUGCUUCUACAAAAGCGGCCAAUUUAUUUCCUAUCGUAUUUAUUUAUGAUUUUUAUUUAUGCAUUCACUCAUUCGAUACUCUUCAACUGUACGGUUGAUCAAUCCGUUACGAAAUAAACUUUAGACUUUGACCAUUUGAGAUAUUGCAAGACUAUUAUAUUCUCCGCAAUAAUGAUUAUACUUGAUAAAUAUUUUCAAAGAAACUAAAUUUUUUUUAUUAUCGCAUGAAAAAAAAAAAAAAUAACUGCAUUCAACUCGCUUCUAAAUUCUCUCAUUAUUCGUAAAGCCAGAUAGGAGUCCAAUUCUUUUUUUUUUUUUAUAAUGAUGCAGAUUUUGACACUUGGCUUGUACGUAUGUUUUACGCUUUUAACCAUUUACAAUAUGCUAUUUUUAUCAAUCGACAAACUUAUCGAGUAGCAAUAGAAUGACGAUUAUAUUCCUGUUGAUAUAUUAUAUAUUUUGAUAUAAUAAACUGUUAUACAUGAACAUCUUA